GAGGUGCGCGUAGUGGGUGGUUUGCCCGCAGGCCCCCUCCCCCCCAGCAGGCCGGCCGGCUGCAAGGACGCCAGACCCGAAGGGCCCAGCCCAACGGCGUCCCCCUCCGCGGGCACCCCUCCACUCCUUGCGCACUCCAGCGCGUUGGUCGCCCUCCUCCUCUUCCUCGCAAAACCCGCUCCCCGUCGCUGUUGUCCACCGGCCUCUCACUGGGCGGCGCUUUAACUCGUACCUCCACCCGUGCGCCCACACACUGCCUACCUACCCUCUCCCUCGGCGUUCCCUGUCUGACGCCUGGUGCGAGACCUGCCUGCUCCUGGGCCUCGACCCUUUUUCUCCUCCUCCCUCCCAUUCCCAACCAACGCCCCGUUGGAGUCGCAGCUUUUGUUCGCGCCUCGGUGACCGGUCCGUUCAACCCACGGCCGGCCGCAAGCCAUCCAUCAUCAGCAGCGAAUUCGUCUCCACGAUCCCUAUUUCUUGUGCACUGCGUCCGUCCUACGGUGUCUUUAGGUCCCAGCGCGCAACGACCGCCUCCCCCACGGUGUCCUGCCUGUGGCACUCCGCUCUCCCUCUUCCUCACGUCGGCACCCCCUCCUUCGCGGAACGAAUGAUGCUGGGCCACUGGCGUGAAUCCUGUUAACCGUCGCUUAUAUCGAGUUCGCGUUUCGAACGAGUCGCUUUUUCUCUCGCCUCUCACACGACGACCGCUUUCGCCUCGCAUCGAAGCGCCUUUUCGCGCGACCGUUCACACCUUUACCGAACCUGGGGUCCUGCUAUCCUGGUUGCCGCCCUCGCAUCCACGCCAGAUCACCAUCGAUCAUUAUACGACCCUGAUCUAGCAAGACUGCCGUCUGCGCAAUCUUGCCAUCAUCCGUCGGCGCCAUGGUGGACGAUAAUGUGCUGGUGGCGGCGGCCGAGGUGGUUGCCUCGCUUGCCGCCGACUCAAAAGCCUCAUCGUCCUUAGCAAUCGGGCUGAGCUCCCGGAUCAAGCUGCCUGGUCGCGACACACCAGCGAAACGGAAUCUUGAAGCCGAGCUCGAGCAACUGGCACUUCGCGUUGGCCAGCUUGAGAACAGGGCAUCGGCCUCCGCUUCGGCCAUCCUGCCCGAGACCCCAAAUGAAGUCAAUGACUCUCUGUUUGGCGAAGAAGGACUGCGCGAACACGUGGACGGCCAGUCCAAACUCCUGGAUAGGCAGCGACGAGAACUGGUCGGCGUCAACGCCCAGCUUCUUGAGCAAAAGCAAUUACAAGAGCGCGCUCUCGAGGUACUCGAGCAGGAGCGCGUCGCAACGCUCGAGAGGGAACUCUGGAAGCAUCAAAAGGCCAAUGAGGCCUUUCAGAAGGCUCUAAGAGAAAUUGGCGAGAUCGUUACGGCCGUCGCCCGUGGUGACCUGACCAUGAAAGUCCGUAUGAAUACGGUUGAAAUGGACCCAGAAAUCACCACGUUCAAACGGACCAUCAACGCCAUGAUGGAUCAGCUCCAAAUAUUCGCCAGCGAAGUGUCUCGUGUGGCUCGCGAGGUCGGCACCGAGGGUCUCCUCGGCGGACAGGCUCGAAUCGGCGGCGUUGAUGGGACAUGGAAAGAACUCACAGACAAUGUGAACGUCAUGGCCCAGAACUUGACAGACCAAGUGCGCGAGAUUGCUUCCGUCACGACAGCAGUCGCCCACGGCGACCUGACCAAGAAGAUUGAGCGACCAGCCCGGGGUGAAAUAUUGCAGCUUCAGCAGACCAUCAAUACCAUGGUAGACCAGCUGCGGACCUUCGCGUCUGAAGUUACACGCGUCGCUAGAGACGUCGGAACUGAAGGUAUACUAGGCGGACAAGCUGACGUCGGUGGGGUCCAGGGCAUGUGGAACGACUUGACGGUAAACGUCAAUGCCAUGGCCAACAAUUUGACGACCCAGGUACGCGACAUUAUCAAGGUCACGACAGCAGUCGCCAAGGGCGAUCUCACCCAGAAGGUCCAGGCCGACUGCAGGGGUGAAAUUUUCGAGCUCAAGUCAACCAUCAACUCCAUGGUGGACCAGCUCCAACAAUUCGCUCGCGAAGUUACCAAGAUCGCCCGAGAGGUCGGAACCGAAGGUCGCCUCGGCGGCCAGGCUACCGUACAUGACGUUGAAGGAACAUGGAGAGAUCUGACCGAAAACGUCAACGGCAUGGCCAUGAAUCUCACCACGCAGGUGCGCGAGAUCGCCAAGGUCACAACAGCUGUAGCCAAGGGCGACCUUACGAAGAAGAUCGGCGUGGAGGUGAAGGGAGAAAUCCUCGAGCUGAAAAACACAAUCAACCAGAUGGUUGACCGCUUGGGCACAUUUGCGGUAGAAGUGAGCAAGGUGGCCCGAGAAGUCGGCACAGACGGCACGCUUGGGGGCCAGGCCCAAGUUGCCAAUGUUGAAGGCAAAUGGAAGGACUUGACUGAAAAUGUCAACACGAUGGCGUCAAAUCUGACCGUACAGGUACGAAGCAUUUCUGCCGUAACGCAGGCGAUCGCAAACGGCGACAUGAGCCAGACGAUCGAUGUGGAGGCGAAUGGAGAAAUACAGGUACUCAAAGAGACUAUCAACAACAUGGUCUCGCGGUUGUCGAGCUUCUGCUAUGAGGUACAAAGAGUCGCCAAGGAUGUGGGCGUCGAUGGCAAGAUGGGUGCCCAAGCAGAUAUCGCCGGCUUGGACGGCCGCUGGAAAGAGAUUACGACAGACGUGAACACUAUGGCUAGCAACUUGACGACGCAAGUGCGCGCCUUCUCAGAUAUUACGAAUCUCGCCACCGAUGGCGACUUCACAAAGCUCGUGGAUGUUGAGGCCUCUGGCGAGAUGGAUGAGCUGAAACGAAAGAUCAACCAAAUGAUUUCCAACCUUCGCGACAGUAUUCAAAGAAACACCCAAGCCAGAGAGGCUGCCGAGCUCGCCAACAAGACAAAAUCUGAGUUCCUUGCCAACAUGUCUCACGAGAUUCGCACACCGAUGAACGGCAUUAUUGGCAUGACGCAACUUACGCUUGAUACCGACUUGACACAAUAUCAGCGGGAGAUGCUAAAUAUCGUUAAUAAUCUUGCGAAUAGCCUUCUAACGAUUAUCGAUGACAUCUUGGACCUUUCCAAGAUCGAGGCCAGGAGAAUGGUCAUUGAGGAAAUCCCGUAUACGUUGCGAGGAACCGUCUUCAAUGCCCUCAAGACCCUCGCGGUCAAGGCGAAUGAGAAAUUCCUAGAUCUAACCUAUAAGGUAGACAGCACUGUUCCCGAUCAUGUUAUCGGCGACUCGUUCCGCCUUAGGCAAAUCAUUCUCAAUCUCGUGGGCAACGCCAUCAAGUUCACGGAGCACGGAGAGGUCAGCCUCACCAUCAAGGAAUGGGCUGAUCAAGACGACGUUGGGGCUGGCGAAUACGCUGUUGAGUUUGUCGUUGAAGAUACUGGCAUCGGAAUCGCUCAAGAUAAACUAAACCUCAUUUUCGACACGUUUCAGCAGGCGGAUGGGUCGAUGACACGAAAAUUUGGCGGCACUGGCCUGGGGCUCUCUAUCUCGAAGCGCUUGGUCAACCUCAUGGGCGGCGACCUUUGGGUAAACAGCGAGGCUGGCAAAGGCAGCCAGUUCCACUUCACCUGCCGAGUUAAGCUCGCAUCAAACGACACAGAGUCAAUCAAGAAGCAACUCCACCCUUACCAGGGCCAUCAGGUUCUUUUUGUUGACAAGGCCCAGUCAAGCUCGGGUGCGGAGAUCCGAGCGAUGCUAGAUCAGAUCGGCUUACACCCCGUUGUUGUCGAUUCGGAAAAGAGCUCCGCCCUUACACGCCUCAAGGCUGGCGGCGCGCUGCCUUACGAUGCCAUUCUUGUCGACUCAAUCGAUACAGCCAGGAGACUCAGAGCUGUCGACGACUUCAAGUACUUGCCAAUUGUCCUGUUGGCCCCGGUUGUCCAUGUCAGCCUCAAGUCUUGUCUCGACCUAGGUAUUACUUCAUACAUGACGACACCUUGCGCGCUGAUCGACCUCGGCAACGGUAUGAUCCCCGCGCUAGAGAAUAGGGCAACACCAUCCCUGGCCGACAACACGAAGUCCUUCGAAAUCCUGCUGGCCGAAGAUAAUACGGUCAACCAAAGGCUUGCCGUCAAGAUUCUAGAGAAGUACCACCACGUCGUGACUGUCGUUGGGAACGGGUGGGAGGCGGUCGAGGCAGUCAAGGAGAAGAAGUUUGACGUUAUUCUCAUGGAUGUCCAAAUGCCGAUCAUGGGAGGGUUCGAGGCCACAGGCAAGAUUCGCGACUACGAGCGAAGCAUGGGUACCCAUCGAACCCCGAUCAUUGCCCUCACGGCCCAUGCCAUGAUGGGGGACAGGGAGAAGUGCAUCCAAGCCCAGAUGGAUGAAUACUUGUCAAAGCCCUUGCAGCAGAAUCACCUCAUACAGACCAUCCUCAAAUGCGCCACGCUGGGCGGGCCUCUUCUCGAGAAGAACCGCGAGCGCGAGCUAGCCAUCCAGGCCGAUGCAAAGUCCUCGAGUCACAAGGAAACUGGGCAGGGCCUGCUUCGCCCUGCGCUUGAGAAUCGGGCAAUGACGACCCGAGAGCCCAUGACCACAGGCACUCCGGACAGCCGGGGCGUUGCCUCGGCUGACCAAGAAGACCCCUGGGCAAGAGCACGUCGCGAUCUCUCUGAUCUGCGGAGUAUCUCGAGCUAACCGAGGAACCUGGGCGCUCUCAGUGGCUCCUGAGGUCGCAUAGCACUUAGUGGCGCUCUCGUGUCUCGACCGGUCUCGCCGUGCGUCUAGUCGUUUCUAUCCCGCCACGAUCCCGACGUCACUUCGCUGCAUAUCAACAUCAUCGAGGCGCGAUCGAACAGACAAACGUUGACCCUGCCGGACGCGAAGUUCAAAUUUGUCAACUCAUGUACUUUCGGAAUGGCUAAUCGUGGCAUACCCUACCUACGCCACGGCUACAUGACCCAUUUCGGGCCCACUGGCUUAUGAUACUUUGUCUGGCUUGUCCUGCCGGCCACCCAAAGCUCGAAGGUCUAGAGUGCUUCACGCGCCUUGCCUUUGAUCACGCUCUGGCCACACCAGCCCAUUUAUGCUUCAUCCGUUCUGGUUGGCGACGCAGACCCCAAGACUCGAUACCAGCGUCCCUACCCCACAGGGCUCAACAUUAUGCAUGCUUUUAUUGGUUUUUGCUUUAGUCGAGAAGGUCUUUAAUGUCAUUGUCAGACAUCGAUGCGGAUUUUCUUUACUUCCUCUACUGUAUUUUACAUAACGGAGUUUGGGGAGUUUUUGGUCAUCUAGCGUCAUGGUCGUGACCUUUUGUCUGGGUCACUCCAUCUCCGCUUGACCCCGUACCCAGCUGUGAGCGGUGGCGCGCAGAUGGUAGGCAUGGAAGAGCGUCGUGUGCGCUUUGCAUUUUCUCUUGGCAAGCGCAAGAAGGGGCUCAAAAUUCGAGCGACAUUGGACGCUCGAUUCAGCUUUAUGCUUGUCGGAGUUACUUGACUCGCAGGCGUGAAGAUCGAAGGACAUAGCGAGAGAGAAUGUAUGCAUGCACAUACAAAAUACUUCACUUGUGAUUUACAU